AUGCCAUCCUCCUCCCGCCGCACUCAGCACGCACCAGCAUCCAACAGCGCCGACGAAAGGUUCCCCAAGUUCACGCCCUCUCCACGCUCCUCACAUUCCUCCGAUGGCCUGUCCAUGAUACACGAGCCGAACUCUUUCGAACUUCGCACGAUUACUCCACGAGAUGAACCCGCAUCGAAAGAGGAGCUGGGAGAGGAAGACGAGGGCUUCCUUCCUAGUAUACGGCGCGCCUCUUUGGACUCUGUGCAGAGCUAUGAGUUGUAUACCCCAGAUGAAGAUCGCACAGUGCUCAAGAAGCUUGAUCGGCGGCUAGUCGCGUUCAUGGCCUUGUUGUACAUGUUGAGCUUCUUGGAUCGGUCGAAUAUUGGCAAUGCGCGCAUAGCUGGUCUGGCGGACGACCUGAAGCUCAGCUCCACGCAGUAUGAGUGGUUACUGUGGGCGUUCUAUAUCACAUACAUUCUUUUCGAAUGGAUGACACUACUGUAUCGAAUCGUGCCGCCGCAUAUCUAUAUAUCUCUAUGCAUCCUUUCUUGGGGCAUAGUUGCGUCACUCCAGGCAGUAGCGACAUCCUUCGGAUUCCUUCUUGUGCUGCGAGCACUUCUCGGCAUCAGCGAAGCAGCGUUCGGACCUGGCGUACCGUUCUACCUAUCAUUCUUCUUCCGCCGAUCCGAGCUCGCCUUUCGAACCGGACUCUUCAUCAGCGCCAGCCCCCUUUCAGCAUCGUUUGCCGGAGCGCUGGCCUACGUUAUUACCAAAGUCGGCGAACAUGGCCCGCUUAGUCCUUGGAGACUACUCUUUCUUCUGGAAGGGUUCCCUUCCGUAUUGAUUGCCGUCUGGGCAUGGGACUUUGUACCAGAUGGACCAGGACUGGCAAAGUGGCUAAGUCCCCGACAGCGCGAGGUUGCAGUAAUGAGGCUGAGGUCAGAAAAGGAGAGCGAAGAUGAAGACCAAGAAGAGAAGUACCAGGGUGGACGAAGAAGAGGACGUGUGGAUUUCCACGAAGUACUACAAACCCUAAAGGAUCCGAAGUCUUACCUGACAGCACUCAUGUUCUUCUCGUGUAACGUGGCUUUCAGUUCCAUGCCGGUGUUCCUACCGACUGUAAUCCGAGAUAUGGGCUGGGAGUCCAUCACGGCCCAAGGACUUUCAGCCCCGCCAUACCUCUUCGCUUUUGUCGUCGUCCUCACGACUGCAUAUUACUCCGAUCGAUUACAAUCACGCUCGACGUUCAUCAUGCUUCACUCUCUCCUGGCAACGAUCGGGUACGGUACCAUUGCCAUUUCCGGAUACCUACAGUCUGACAACACAAUGAUCCGCUACAUCGCACUCUAUCCUGCCGCCGCAGGCUUCUUUAGCGCUAUCACGAUCAUCAUUACAUGGACACUCAACAACCAAGAAAGCGAUAGUAAGAAGGGCACCGGUAUGGCUCUCUUGAACAUCAUUGGUCAGAUGGGCCCACUAGUUGGCACGAGCAUCUUCCCAGAUGACGACGGUCCUUAUUACGUCAAGGGUAUGAGUAUAUGUGCUGGAUUCAUGCUUCUCGUCGGCAUCCUCGCUGCAGUCCUGAGGUGGGUGCUGAUAAGAGAGAAUCGAAAGCUCAAUAAUGGUCGCAGUGCAGAGUAUGCUGGUGUGCCGCUAGAUGAGGGUGGGAGCAUGAGAAGAGAAAGGAAGAAGUUUACUUUCAUGUUGUAG